CUGGGCACACAAGACACGGAGCUGAGGAAACCUGUCGGAGUUUUAAGGUUUUGUCUAUACUGAAAGGAGACGAUGGCAAAGAUGCGGACACAUAUGCCAAACGAAUGUUCUAAAAUGAGGGAAAACCAUUGUCUUUAUUCAGAUUAACCUAAUUUCAGAAAGUUUAUUUGACGUCUCAUUGAUUUCUCUCGCUCUGGAGGCACGACCAAGGAAAGUGACCAUUGAGAAUGGAACAGGUGCCCAGUCCGGAGCCUAGCAGCGUAAAGCAACCCAAAGCCGGGCAUCAUGAACCCAUUCGCUUUGGGAUUGACCAGAUUCUCGGUGGCUCAGAUCCAGAGAACGGUCGGUCGAACAGUGACCGGAGCGGGUCAGAGAGUGGCUUGGACAGCUACCGCCUCAGCAGUCCCACUGGAACAUGCACGGCUCCUUAUACUGCGCUGUCGGUCUCUUUUUCUGGUAUUACGGGGCCGUUAGAGGACUUUAAUGUAUAUGGGAUGAACAGAACUCUAGUGCCCAGGGGGGUGAUUCGAGUUCCGGCUCACAGACCUCUCGCAGCGGCGGUUCCGCCACCCAUGACCAGCUCAGUGGCGAAUAUCGGAAGUCUGUGCUUUCCCUGGAUGGAAAACAACCGUAGGUUUGCCAAGGAUAGAUUACCAGCACUCAUCCCUUUCACGGUCACUCGACGCAUCGGCCAUCCAUACCAGAAUCGUACUCCACCGAAGAGGAAAAAACCGCGAACGUCAUUCUCUCGAGUCCAAAUAUGCGAACUGGAGAAGAGGUUUCACCGACAGAAGUAUCUAGCCAGUGCAGAGAGAGCAUCUCUAGCGAAAACCCUGAAGAUGACGGACGCGCAAGUUAAAACUUGGUUUCAGAACCGCCGAACAAAAUGGAGGAGACAGACAGCUGAGGAGAGGGAAGCGGAGCGGCAGCAGGCCAAUCGGAUGCUGCUCCAGCUGCAAGCCGACGCCCUCCAGAAGUCCCUGGGCGAAUCAGUGUCCAGCGACCCGCUGUGCAUGCACAACUCCUCCCUGUUCGCCCUGCAGAACCUGCAGCCGUGGGCACAGGAGGGAGCGGGCAAACUAGGGGCAGGGAGCGCCACAGCGCCACUGGCCUGAGACCAGUCAGAGAUGAGGUUGGUGUGGGGUGGAGAGGACUAAAAGGGCUGAAGUUUCAGGCCUCCACUGAGGACAAAAUCUCUUUGCGUUGCCUGCAACACUUAUGGGUAGCCGAUGGAGUUCACAGAGCUCCUCUUGGUUACCUGUCUGGGUUCUUUUUAAGCAUUGGGUGGUGACUGCUAUCUGCCACUUUUCAUGUGGGUGUAGUGUUUACCGGUGAAUUUUGAUGAGAUUUGAUAGAAUAUGCAUAUUUGCAUAUAUUAAAAAAAAUAUGUGUAACUAAAAAUUUAACUGAUGGAUUGAAGACUUCAUGACAGAGGUGUUAUGAAUAACUGGAAUGUUAUAUUUUGAAAAACAUUUGUUGAAUAUGGUUUAUGGUUUGAGGAACUGUUUAUUCGUAAGUUGUCAAUUGUUCAGAGAAACUGCCAUCCUUCACUCUUAACAUUUUCUUAAACAUAUUUGGAUUGUGGAUGUUCCUUUGUCACUAAUGGGGUAAUGUAUAAUUACUUGUAUAAUGUAAUAUUUGAUAUUUGUAUAUAAUAUUCACAGAGGUAGUUAUGGUCAUUUCUCUGUUACUCAAAUUGCCAUGUCUUUGUUGCACUAAAAUGGCAUUGCAAGCUGUGUGUAAGAAAAGACCAAAAUCACACUAUUCUUUGCAAAGUUUAUUGUUAAAUAUUAUUUUAUACAACA